AUGGGUGACCUUCAUGUCGUGGUAGCCAUCUGCAAGAAGCGCCCCGGCGACGCGCGGCACUGGAUCCUGAUGCUCGCCGAGGACGACGCAGAGAACGCCACGUGGUACCACUCGGUAGACGGGCCGACGAAGGGCAAGCCGUACAAGCUCGACAUCGCGGUGAAGCGAUUCCGGAGCCAGGGCGUCGACAAGCACUACAAGAUCGCGACGAUCCCGGCCAAGGAGAAGAACAAGGUCAAGGCGGCCGCGCAGAACACGCCCGUCAAGUUCUGCCAGCGAUGGGUCGUCGACGUGCUCGCCGUGCUCGAGAAGAAGUCGCUCGUGCCCCAGGGCACGGCACAUACCUGGUACAAC